AUGGAUGUUGACUACAACCCAACAGGAUGGGAAUUUGUUACAAGCCACUUUUGCAGAUCCAGAUUCACACGUGGAUCUUCAAUUAUAAUGAUGAUCAUAGCAGGGAGAUAUACCAUACUAAGAGCAUGCAAAGUCUGCACACCCCUGAUGGGCAUACUGGUGUUAGUUCAACCAAUAAGCACUGAUGUAGAAAUAUCAAGUUCGGAAGAGCACAAAACAAUAAAACAGUUGAUUAAGGCUUCACUUGUUUGCUCUCAAAAAGAUGCUUUAGAAGAAUCUAUUCAGUUGUUUCUUGAAAAAGUUCUGCAUGUGGCAAAAGAUGCGGUGGCAAAGAUUUCAAAUGAAGCGAACCGAUGCAUAAAUAUUUUGUUGGCAAAAUAA